AUGGGAGAUAUUAAGGACACAAGGAGUCUAGUGAGACAGGUUGAUGGAGAGAAGGACACAAGGAUUUUAGUGAGACAGGUUGAUGGAGAGAAGGACACAAGGAUUCUAGUGAGACAGGUUGAUGGAGAGAAGGACACAAGGAUUCUAGUGAGACAGGUUGAUGGAGAGAAGGACACAAGGAUUCUAGUGAGACAGGUUGAUGGAGAGAAGAACACAAGGAGUCUAGUGAGACAGGUUGAUGGAGAGAAGAACACAAGGAGUCUAGUGAGACAGGUUGAUGGAGAGAAGGACACAAGGAUCCUAGUGAGACAGGUUGAUGGAGAGAAGGACACAAGGAUUCUAGUGAGACAGGUUGAUGGAGAGAAGGACACAAGGAUUCUAGUGAGACAGGUUGAUGGAGAUAUUAAGGACACAAGGAUUCUAGUGAGACAGGUUGAUGGAGAGAAGGACACAAGGAUUUUAGUGAGACAGGUUGAUGGAGAUAUUAAGGACACAAGGAUUCUAGUGAGACAGGUUGAUGGAGAGAAGAACACAAUGAGUCUAGUGAGACAGGUUGAUGGAGAGAAGAUUCUAGUGAGACAGGUUGAUGGAGAGAAGGACACAAGGAUUUUAGUGAGACAGGUUGAUGGAGAUAUUAAGGACACAAGGAUUCUAGUGAGACAGGUUGAUGGAGAGAAGAACACAAGGAUUCUAGUGAGACAGGUUGAUGGAGAUAUUAAGGACACAAGGAUUCUAGGGAGACAGGUUGAUGGAGAGAAGGACACAAGGAUUCUAGUGAGACAGGUUGAUGGAGAUAUUAAGGACACAAGGAUUCUAGGGAGACAGGUUGAUGGAGAGAAGGACACAAGGAGUCUAGUGAGACAGGUUGAUGGAGAUAUUAAGGACACAAGGAGUCUAGUGAGACAGGUUGAUGGAGAGAAGGACACAAGGAGUCUAGUGAGACAGGUUGAUGGAGAGAAGAACACAAGGAGUCUAGUGAGACAGGUUGAUGGAGAGAAGGACACAAGGAGUCUAGUGAGACAGGUUGAUGGAGACCGUAGGAAGGUUUAA